AUGGGCAGCCAACAUACUUACCAUGCUCGCCUGCAGUUCAUCAAUCUUCUGACCAACGACGAAAACAUUCGCAUCGGCCACGACCUAGAAUCGCAAACGUUCGACGUCAGCACUUCUCGAUAUGUCGACAGAGAGACCGGCCUUGCUGUGACGUUUGUCGACACACCUGGCUUCGAUGACUCUCGCGAUGGCGUUACUGAUACCGAUAUCCUUCGAAAAAUAGCCGAUUUCUUGCAGGCGCAGUGGGUGCUGUUCGUUUUUAUUCUUCUCGAUAUUGACAUCAAGAGGUACAGAGGAGGUCGGAAGCUCAAUGGCAUCAUCUACUUGCACCGCAUCUCCGACCCUCGAAUGGGGGGUAUGGCCAAAAAGAACCUCAGAAUGUUCAAGGAACUUUGCGGUGAUAAUAGCCUUGUAAAUGUCUUAAUCAUCACCACCAACUGGAAUCUUGUCGACGAGAAGGAGGGAAGCGCACGUCAAGCGGCCUUGGCUCAAGGUGCUUUCAAACCCUUUGUCGACUCUGGAGUGAGGCUUUUUCGUCACGACAAGGGCCUCGAGUCAGCCCGGUUGAUUAUCUCCGAACUCAUGGACCAAGAGCCUAUAACGCUGAAGAUACAGGAGGAGCUGAAUGCUGGGAGGUCCCUGGGAGAGACAUCUGCCGGUGCGGUGAUCAUUGAAGAGAUGAAAGAGUUGCAGAAGAAGCACGAAGAAGAGAUGGAAAGCUUGAGGAAAGAGAUAGAGGAUGCGGCGAGGGCGAACGACGAGGAUCUACGGCUCGAACUAGCUGAAGAACGUCGCAAGCUAGAGGAGAUGAUGGCGCGUGCUGCGGAGGACCGGAAAAUAUUGGAGACGAAGCGAACAACUCGGGAGACGCGACCUGCGGCGGCGGCGGAGAGUAGCAUGGGUGUGGAGCUCGCAAAUUUCUCGCAGAACACGGAACUUGAAGACACGGCGAGGACGAACAGUGCGGAGAGUUUUGCGUUGGUCGAUGGGGAACACAGCGAAGAGAGGCCACACACCAGUCGUAGGAAUUGGCGGCGGGCCGGAAGCGGAUCUCCGGUCCGCGAGUUUUUGCACGAACUGGCCGACAUCGGGGGCGACUUGAGCAAAGCAGGUGGGGAGCGUCUAGGAAAGGCGGGCGUAAUUGGCGCCAUAGCUGCUCUCUGGCUUCUUGUACCGUUGUUGGCUGCAAAGAGAGCGAUGGCUGGCCAUUAG